CUAGAUUUAGCCCAUCAUGCUUUUCUCAUCUUUAUUUUUUUCCAAAUAUUCCACUCACUUUCGAUUCUGCUCACAAACGACGCCGUCGGAAUAUCUUCUGCUAGCGGCGCCUGCGAUUCUCAGUCCCUUUGCUUUGCAGGUUGAAUGAUUAUGUUCUUUUCGAGGUUUUGUAAGCUAGGAGUUCAUGCUAUCAGGAACUUGGAAAAAUCUCCUACUCUAACAGCAAGGACUUUAUACUUCCCCAAGGCUCAUAAUCAGUAUUUAGGAUCCCUGAUAAACAAAUUAUUUUUCAGUACAGCAGCUCAAGCAAACUCAGAGCACAGAAAUGAAGAAAAGGAAAAAAUAAAUGUGAUAUUUUGCAACAAAGAUGGAGAAGAGGUGCAUAUACAGGUCCCAGUUGGAAUGUCAAUGCUAGAAGCUGCACACGAGAACGGCAUAGAGCUUGAAGGAGCAUGUGAAGGGUCUCUUGCUUGUUCCACCUGUCAUGUGAUCAUGAUGGACGUGGACCAAUAUAACAAAUUAUCUGAGCCAACCGAUGAGGAGAAUGACAUGUUAGAUCUGGCAUUUGGCCUAUCCGAAACAUCUCGUCUAGGUUGUCAAAUUAUCGCCAAACCCGAACUUGAUGGACUUCGUUUAGCCAUACCUGCAGCUACACGGAACUUUGCGGUCGAUGGAUUUAAGCCAAAACCUCAAUAAAUACAUAUUCUUGCGGAUAGAAGAUGAGAAUAAGUCGCUUCCGUAGACUGGCAAUGGCUGAUGAUCAUCAAACUGUUUCAACAUUCAAUGUUUUGUCGCCUUUCUGUAUGUUAUAUCGACGGAGAAGGCUGUGCUUCUGAGUAACUACGGGUGUAAUCAGUGUUAUGGUGAAGUUAACGGGAUUUCUCAUUUUUGUAGGAAAGUGCAUAGUUUCUUACGAUCUUUAGUUAAAUGUAAUAUUCAAAUUUAUUUGUUUA